GCAAUAGUUGAGGUCUGGUGUUUCAACUAUAACUGCCUAGAGCUUCUUGAGGCAGCAAAAAGGCUGGGUGGGGUGCUGCUACCAACAGAGUCCCCUUGCUUGCAGUAGCCCUUGAGAGGGGUGCAGGUGGCAUCCUGCACCCCAGCCAGGGGCAGCAUCUGCCUUUGCUCCCCCCUCAAGGGAGCUCUCUGAACCCCCAAAGGGACUACUAGAGAAACUGAGCUGUACACCUUUGGCCAAGUUGCCAAUAGUUUGCAAGGCAUCCACCAACUCUGGAACUCGACCGGCCUUCUCAACUGAGAUAACCCAAACCCAAACCCAAACCCAGAGCACCCCAGCCCUGAUCCAAGAUCAAUUUCCGACCCUCUCCAGACCCUGAGAGUAGAACUAGCUUUGAUUUAGUAUGGCAUGGCACCUGCCUUGGCUUCAGUUGGAGUGACAGCAGGGCUAGACAUGGAGCAUGUCUAGUAUAUUUUCAUGUUCAAGGACCUGAAAUUUUCCACCCACACCCCGCCCUGCGCACAGGGGAGAGCUGUUUUACUGAUAGCCUGGAGAUGUAUUUCUAUGAAUAUUUAUUGAUUGAUUUUCCAGACUCAGCGGGAGGAGGGCUACAAAUAAAUUUAGUGCGUUCUUUAAAUAAUUCCUUUUCUAUGAGGCAAGAUGUCAUCUGAAACUUCUAAAUAGGCAUUUAAUUAGCUCGGGUGUUGCUUCGGAACAAAAACCCCCGGGCAAGAGCUUUGGGGGAGCACUGUAUUGCAAAGAGGCGGUCGAUAUGCAGAAUUGACGCGCGAGGGCCUUUGUUGGCGGCCCAUUGUGCGGGCCUUGCUUAUGAAGACUAAUCCAAUCAUAAAUUGCACCUCUGCGCCAAUCAGAGGGCUCGGAGCCUCCAGCGAAUGAAGCUCGAGUGGAGAACUUUGUUGAACUUUAUUGUCAGAGCUGUCACUUUUCAAAGCGCUGCAGCGGGCGGGCCGCUAUAAAACCAUCACCUCGCCGGAGGACCUCGGAGGACUGGGGACGAACGCACUUCUUAGAGGGAUCGUUACUCCUAGACGUCCGCUGAGCCCGAGAAUCCGGCACCGCGGAGCGGGAGGGGCGGGAAGAGAGGUGGCCACCUCGGCCACUGGUAGAAGGGUUCCUUCGCCCGCCCCGCUCCUACCAUGAUGUUCCCCGGGCUUCUCGCGCCCCCCGCCGGGUAUCCCAGCCUCCUGCGGCCCACGCCCACCUUGACGCUGCCCCAGUCCCUUCAGUCGGCGUUUUCCGGCCACUCUAGCUUCCUGGUGGAGGAUCUGAUCCGCAUCAGCCGGCCCCCAGCCUACCUGCCCCGCAGCGUGCCCGCCGCCAGCCUGUCACCCCCCAGGCAGGGGGCCCCCGCGGCCGCCGCCGACUCCGGGACCUCCGACCUGGGCUCUCCGGGCACCCCGGGCACGGGCAGCCGGCGCGGCGGCUCUCCGCAGACCUCCCUCUCCCCUGCUAGCGAGCCCACGUUUCUGAAGUUUGGGGUGAACGCCAUCCUCUCCUCGACGCCCAGAACAGAAACACCUCCCGCCUUACUCCAGAGCCUCCCUCCCAAGACGUUCGCCUUUCCCUACUUCGAGGGCUCCUUCCAACCUUUCAUCAGAUCCUCGUAUUUCCCAGCGUCCUCCAGCGUCGUGCCCAUCCCGGGUACCUUCUCCUGGCCGCUGGCGGCCCGCGGAAAGCCGCGCCGCGGGAUGCUGCGCCGCGCUGUGUUCUCCGACAUGCAGCGCAAGGCGCUGGAAAAAAUGUUCCAGAAGCAGAAGUACAUCAGCAAACCCGACCGCAAGAAGCUGGCGGCCAAGCUGGGCCUGAAGGACUCGCAGGUAAAAAUCUGGUUCCAGAACCGACGUAUGAAGUGGCGAAACUCCAAGGAGCGCGAACUCCUGUCCAGCGGGGGCUGCCGCGAGCAGACGCUGCCCACCAAACUCAAUCCGCAUCCCGACCUCAGCGACGUGGGCCAGAAGGGCCCCGCGGACGACGAGGAGGACGAGGGGCGCCCCGGCAGCCCCCGGCCGCGCCUGGCCUUCCGCGUGCCCCCAGACCCCCGGCCCCCGCGGGAGCCCCGGCUGGCAGGACCGCUGCCCCCCUCGCCCGCUCGCUCGGGCAGCCCUGGCAAACCCUCGGACUGCUCCGACUCGGAGGAGGAGGAAGAGGGCGAAGAGGAGGAGGAAGAGGAAGAGAUCACCGUGUCCUAGAAGCCCCUCCCGCGCCCGGGGCUAAAGUCCCGUGAGGUGGAAGACUCGAACCCAGGGCCCAGGCCGAGCCGCUGCCGUCGCAGCACCGGCCUUCGGAUCCUCCUCGCCCCACGCACUCCUGCAGCGCUCUCCCCGGCGACGUGGGUCAAACGCUGCGAGGGCGUGGGCUGCACUGUGCGCCCAACCUGACGUCCCUGCAGGGCAGGAAACCGUACAGAGGAGGAAACCGAAUCAGGAGUCGUGCACCAAGCACAACUAACCCCAAGCGCCCAGAUUUCCCAGUCCUUUUUUCUCCCUGGUCAGGCAGCCGGGGUCCUGCCCCUAGUGGUUCCCUUGGAGAGCGUCAGAGCAGCAAAAGGAAUGAGCCGGCGCCUGUGCCUUUUGGGCUGAGGAAAAUGCAAACGCGGAGUCUUUCUGUCCUCAGGCUCUCUGGGUGCAGCCAGUGAGUUCUCUAAUUCAGAGGAGACUUGUCUGUUGAUUCUUUUUUUUAAUCGGUACCGGGUCGAACUCACAACUGCGCUCCUGCAAGGCAGGCGCUUAUGUUGUUGAGGUAAAUCCCCAGCUGGGAAAAAAAAAAAAAAAAAAAAUCAACAGAGGAAGUCUGGUCUCUGUUUCUGUUAUUUGGGGCGGUUUUUUGAGACAGAGUCUCACUAUAUUCCGGGCUGAUCUUGAACUCACAGUGUAGCCCGGGCUGGGCUCAAACUCAUGGUGAUCCUCCUGCCUCAGCCUCCUGAGUGCUGCUGCGUGGCCACACCUGGCUGCUGUGUUGCAAACCUUUUUCUUUUUAAUUUCUACAUGCGUAUUCUAUGCACCAAGCACUCUGCCUCGUGUCCUUCCAUUCUUCUGGGGGAGGGGAGGUAUUCCAGAGCUGCAAAGCUAGCAGUGGGUGCGAGGUGGACAAGAGACUCUCGAGUCUCUCCGAUUUGUUUUAAACUGAACUCUGAACCUUGCACAGCCUUAGGAGCUGUACACUAUUUGUAUAUAUGUUUGUAUGGGUAUUUUAUACCAAGGUCAUUGUGAAUGAAUAGAAAGCAUUGGCUGGCUUUCUCUCCUCUCUCUUUUGCAAUGGUCCUUAAACUUUAAAAAAAAAAAAGUAGCCGUUUAAUAGCAUAACUUAUGAAAAACUAUUUUGUAUUUUUGCCAUGUACAGAUUUUUAUAUAUGUGUAUAUGUAUCAAAGGAACACAUGCCAA